AUGGAUGUAUUGCAAAAGAUAAUAUAAAAAUCUGGAACCAACUUAUCUCUUAUAGAAUUAGAAUUCAAGUAAAGCUUUUAAAAUAUUAGAGAUAAAUUGAGAAUCUUUAAGAAAUCCUUCCACUGCUAAUCCAAUUUAAGAAUCUCAAAGAAGUAAAAUAAAUCUAUAUUAUUAUAGUUAAAUUUACAUGGAAAUAGAUUAAGACAAUUACCUGAUGAUUUGUCUUAAUUGAAGACUUUAGAAACAUUAGAUAUAACUAAUAAUAUGUUUGAAAAUGUAAUAUUUAUAUUGAAUUUAGUUAUAAUAAGUAGUUCAAUCAUUAAAAACAUUACCUUCAUUAAAUCAUUUGGAAAUAGCAUUAAAAUCAAAAGAUGAAGAAGAGUUGAUAAUUGAAAAUCUACCAUAAUUAGCUAUGUUAAAUUAAUAGGCCAUUAAAAUUGAGGAUCAAUCUGAAUAAUAGAGUGAUUUAUAAUCAGAAAGAUCAGCAACAGGAUUAGAAAUAACAUUAUAAUAAGAAGAUUUAGAAUAGAUGGCUGUAUACUUUUUUUUUAUAAUUAAUAAUAGUUGCUUCAUGAUAGUAUCAAAGAGUUAAGAAAAGAAGAUGAAGAAUCAGAAAAAUAAAUAUCUUCACUUUUUGAGAACUCUGUUAAAACUAUAAUGAAAGAAUUAUAGACAAAGUUAGCAUUAAAAACACCUGAACAUAUGACAAAUUUAACAAUUUUAAAAGUUUAAAUUAAUAUUUUAUCAUAGGCCAAAUUCAAUUUAUAUGAGGUUUGCUUUUAGUUGUUUAUAAGAUAUUUUAAAUUAACAGAUAAAAAGUUAGAGUAGAUUCUAACAAAAUUACAUGAUUAACAUGAAUAAAUAUUUACAGAUAUGUCAAAUGUUAUUAUGAAUAUGAAAGAUAAUUAAUCGAUUCAAUCAAUACAAAAGAAAAUAUAAGAUGUUAAUUCAGGAUAAUUAAAUUAAGAUAAAGGAACAGAAUAAAGACUUAGACAAGAGUUAUAAGAAUUGUAAACUUAUAUUAAAGAAAUUGAAUAAGAAAACAAAUCUUAUUUAGAAUUAUUAAUUAAAUUUGGAAAAGGUGAAAAGAUUCAAUUAAAUUCAAUAGUAAAUAAUAAUAAUAAUAAUUAAUAAAAGAUGGAUGUAUAAAAUAUUGAUAAUUCAUCUUAAUUAAUUUAAUAGAAUAAUAAUGAUAAAACUAUUGCUUUAAAUUUGUUAAAACCAUAAUAAUCUUAAUAUGCUUCAAUUUAGAAUAAAAUUAAUUAAUAGCAAUCAAAUGUAUUAGUUUAAGCACCUUAAUUGGUAAAAAUGUUAACUUUGAAAUAAUUUAAAGAUUUGAUUUUAGAAAUAUAUGAAAGUAAAUUAAAAUUUGAUUAAAAAUGUUCUGAUUCUCAUUUACCAAGAGAAACCAUGGAAUAACAUAUGUAUACAUUUUUAAAUUAGAAAUAUGGUUUAAAAAGUUUAAUACUUGAAUGGGCUUCUUGUAUAAUAAAUGCAUUAAAAAGAUACGGGAAUGAUGAUAAUGAUGUGGCAGUAUUUGGAAAAAUUUUGAGAAAUGAGUGUGAUGAGGAAUUUAGAUUUGUUUAAGGUUAAGUUAAGAAUACAAUAAUGGAAUUGUUAAAAGUAAAUAUUUAUAUAAUAAUUAAGAUGUAUUUAAGAGGAAAAUUCCCUUUAAAAACAAAUGCUGAUAUUAAAGAAAUGAUGAAUCAAAGAUUUAAUAGUUUUAUAUUUUAAGAAGAAGCUGAAGAUAUCAUCAAAUAUAUGUAUAAUCAAGUUGAUUCAGAAAUAAUUCUUAAUAAAUUAAAAUAAUAUUUUAUAUAGCCUACAAGAAAUGUGGAGAAAAAACUUACAAGAGAAGAGUAAUUUUAAAUUGUAAAUGAGAAAGAUAAAUCUAAGAUUGAAUUUUCAAUAUUUUAGAAAGUUAUUUUAGAUUUUUAGAUGAAAUCACAUGAGAAAUAUUUAUCAAAAUUUAUAUAGAAUUUUCGAUAAAUAGAUUAGGACUAAAAUGGUAUAAUUGAUGAAGUAAUUAUUAUUAUUAUUAUUUAAAUUAGAAUGAAUUUAGAUAAUUGAUUACAGAUUUGAAUAUUGGAUCAAAUGAUUUUGAUAUUUAGAGAUAUUUGAAUAAAAUAGAUCCAUACAAUAAUUAGUAAAUAACAUUUUCAUAAUGUGUUCAAUUAUUUUCUCAGGAAUAAGCACCAGGAACAAAUGUCCCAAUAAUCUAGAAAAUAUCAGUUGAAAGUUUUUGA